AUGAUGCAUAAGCUGGUAAUUCUUUCUGCUGUCUUCGCCUAUGUAUCUUGCAUGGUCAUCCAUCAGACCAUACCAGUCUACCUCCCAAUCCAGUACGAGGAGCCGACAAACUACAACUACGGAUACGAAGUUAAUGACGCCAACACUGGGGACUACAAAAGAUUGCAGGAGACCAGGCUUGGUGAUGCGGUUGUCGGCCACUACACCAUCCUACAACCUGACGGGGUAACCAGGACUGUGCAGUAUACCGCUGACAAUGAAAACGGUUUCAAUGCUGUUGUGAACAACGUAGGAGUACCAAAUACUGCCGAGAGACAAGACAAAGAUGAUUCACGUAAGCAAGAAGAAAGGCAGGAGCAGUCUUGGCAGACAACAAAUGAAGCGACUACCUCACCAUCGCUAUCACAGACCUUGAUUCAUCAUAUUUUGAAAAACUGGUCGUAA